CUGUGUGGAUCGCGAUCGUGCCAUCGUGGAUCACGGUCGGCCAAGAUGGCGAACCGUCGCGGGAGCUGAAGGGCUACCGCGCUCGUUCUCGACGUUCGUCGCACGGGGUGUUUACGCGCGUCCGCGAAGUCGCGUAUUAUGUCCUCGUACACGUUCUCGCAGAGGCUGUUCACGCCAACGCCGCCGGAGCGCGGCAGCUUCCCGCUGGACCAUGAGGGCCGUUGCAAGAGCACCAUGAUCAGGUACAUGCGCUGCCUGGCCGAUAAUCGUAAUCAGAACACGAUGUGCCGCGACAUCGCCAGGGAGUACCUCGGCUGCCGCAUGGACCACGACCUGAUGGCGCGCGAGGAUUGGUCCAAGCUCGGCUUCGCCGACAAGAGCGAGGGCGUCAAGGAAACGUAACGUCGAUAUCGUUAGCAGUCAUUCUCGAGAGCAGGUAUCCCAGGAAAGGAGGGGAUCAUAUCUUUAAUCGUCGUCGUCGUCGUCGUUGCCGUUGUCGUUGUCAUUGUCGUUUGUUCUCCUUGAGAGUACCUGGCAUACUCUGUAGCUAAUCUCGGUGCUCUUGGAACUUUCGAUAUAUAUAGGAUGCCAUAACGAUAAUUCCGGUGAUUUAGUGUGUUCAUACGAGAAUACGCACUGCCAGCCAGGUGUAACAAGGACUUCCUCUAUGCCAGUGUUGUUGAGAAAAAAUUAACAAUAGUAUUUAAAAAA